AAAGAAAAAGAGAAAACCUAGCUUGACUUUGCCUCUUGGAAAGCUUUAGGUUGCAGCCCUGCCUUCCAAGCAUUCUUUAAACUAGAAAUGUGGGAGGGACUCCAGGAGAGAGAGAGAGAGAUGGCUAUCAACUGAAUUCAUUACUGUAAACAUCUCCCUGGGGUGUCAGGCAGGGAGGAAAAAAAGGCACGACUUACAUUAGCAGGGAAUAGUCAGAUCUGAGGCAUCAUUACUGCUAAGAUCAGCCUGCAAUCCCGGCUGAAGGCAGGCGCAGGACUCGGAGAGAGCCAGACACGCACACUCACACAUAUACUCCCAUCUACACAUGUGUCCGAUGCCUUCUCCGACUUCCAAGGGUCCUAGGUCUCCGUGCCUGCUCCUCAUGUGAUCCUCUCAUCAUUUGCAGAGGACAGAAACAGAGAAAAAGGAAAGAGAGAAGCCCCAGGACCAGGCGUACCCGCGGCCCCUUCUCCUUUAUUUUUUACCGGAGGCGGAGGAACGGCGGGGGGAAGAGCGAGCGACCCGAGGAGAGAAAGUGCGUUGGGGAUGCCAGAGCCGCGGGCUGCGCGCCGGAGGAGGAGGUGGCGGAGAAGGGGGGAGGACGAUGCCGCUGCCUCCUAAGGGCGGAGGAAGGCGCGGGAGGCGCGGGGGUCGCUCCGGAGCGGCUGCGGCCGGCGGGGAGCGGGCCCGCGGGGCCGGCCGGGAGCGGCGCUGGGCGGCCGCGCUGCGCGGCGCGGAGGGCGGCGGCCACCACCGAGGAGCGGCGGCGGCGGAAAAGUUUUGGUGUGGGGGGCCAGAGGCGCGGAGGGGGAUUACGAUCGGUGCCGGCGAGGGAUUCCCAGACGCCGCCAGGCAGGCCAGAUCUGGCAGAUAGCUGAUAUGAGGACUUUGCUGACUUCAGAAAGCUGAGUGUAACAAACACCAACAGACUUCAGUGAAAGGAAAUAUUAUCCCUCCAAGAAACUCAUACACAGACGACUUUUGGUAGCUUUAAAUUAACCUGUUGCUCACCUGCAAAGACACAGCUAUUGUUUCUUUCAGCACACAUGGAGGAAGGCAACAAACUUUGUAACCCUGGCUAAUAAGACUGUGGCUUUCUCAUCAAAAGUAGGAGGUAGGCCAAUUACAAGAGGAUUAUUUUAUACUUAGCCUCCAGGACUUUAACUCUGGCCUGAACACUGGACAUAAAUAGAAGCCAAUUUUAAUGACCUGAGAUUUUGCUACCUGUGCUUUAUUAUUGUUAUCAGUUCUUUAACACUUUGGUACUUUAUUUCUUUAAAUUAGAAAUGGGUUCGUGGACUAGAAUGUGGCCCACAGAUUGGGCUGUUCUCAUGAAAUCAUGGCUUAUCUUCUCCCUGGGGCUCUACAUGCAGGUCUCCAAAACUUUGGCCUGCCCAAAAGUGUGCCGCUGUGACCGAAACUUUGUCUACUGUAAUGAGCGAAGCUUGACCUCAGUGCCUCUUGGGAUACCAGAGGGUGUAACCGUCCUCUACCUCCAUAAUAACCAAAUUAACAAUGCUGGAUUUCCUGCAGAGUUGCACAAUGUCCAGUCUGUGCACACAGUCUACCUGUAUGGUAACCAAUUGGAUGAAUUCCCCAUGAACCUGCCCAAGAAUGUCAGGGUUCUCCACCUGCAGGAAAAUAACAUUCAAACCAUUUCUCGGGCUGCCCUUGCUCAGCUUUUGAAGCUGGAAGAGCUGCACCUGGAUGACAACUCCAUCUCCACUGUUGGUGUUGAGGAUGGGGCGUUCCGGGAAGCCAUCAGCCUCAAGCUUCUGUUCUUGUCCAAGAAUCACUUAAGCAGCGUACCAGUAGGCCUUCCAGUGGACUUACAAGAACUUCGAGUAGACGAAAACCGAAUUGCUGUCAUUUCAGACCUGGCCUUCCAGAAUCUUACAAGUCUGGAGCGUCUGAUUGUGGAUGGCAAUCUCCUUACUAAUAAAGGCAUAGCUGAAGGCACCUUCAGCCACCUCUCCAAGCUCAAGGAAUUCUCAAUAGUUCGGAAUUCACUGACCUACCCUCCUCCUGAUCUUCCAGGUACACAUCUGCUAAGGCUCUACUUGCAGGACAACCAGAUAACCCAUAUACCACUUACAGCCUUUUCAAACCUCCACAAGCUGGAGCGUCUUGAUAUUUCCAACAAUCAGCUUCGGAUGUUGGUAAAGGGGGUAUUUGAUAAUCUCCACAACCUGAGGCAACUCACUGUAAGGAAUAAUCCCUGGUUGUGUGACUGCAGUAUUAAGUGGGUCACUGAAUGGCUCAAAUUUAUUCCCGCUUCCAUCAAUGUACGGGGUUUUAUGUGCCAGGGACCAGAGCAGGUCCGAGGUAUGGCAGUCAGGGAGCUCAAUAUGAAUAUGUUGUCAUGCCCCACCACCACCCCUGGUCUGCCACUUAUCAUCACCCCAGUCCCAGCUACAGCCAUGCCAACUACAUUAGUUCCCACCUCAUCAGUUCCUCCCCCAAGUAGCAAAUAUAAUCCUCUCACUCCCACCAUAGCCACACUCCCCACUGUGCCUGACAGGGAGGACAGAGAAAGGGUGACACCUCCUAUAACCGAACGGAUUCAACUCUCCAUCCAUUUUGUGAAUGACACAUGCAUCCAAGUUAACUGGAUGUCUCUUUUUACCGUGAUGGCAUAUAAACUCACGUGGGUUAAAAUGGGCCAUAGUCUGGUAGGAGGAAUUGUUCAGGAACGAAUAGUUAGUGGUGAGAAGCAACACUUAAGCUUGGUAAAUCUGGAGCCCAAAUCCACCUAUCGGAUUUGUUUGGUUCCACUGGAUACUUACAACAAUUACCGAACUGGAGAAGACACUGUCUGUUCAGAAGCCACAACCAAGGCUUCCUUUUUGAGCAAUGGCAGCAACAUCCCCUCCAGCCAUGAGCAGACGACUUCUCAGAACCUGGGCUCCCCAUUUCUGUUGGCAGGGUUGAUUGGAGGUGCAGUGAUAUUUGUCCUUGUGGUCCUGCUCAGCAUUUUUUGCUGGCACAUGCACAAAAAAGGGCGUUACACCUCCCAGAAGUGGAAAUAUAACCGGGGCCGUCGGAAAGAUGACUACUGCGAGGCAGGGACCAAGAAGGACAACUCCAUCCUGGAGAUGACGGAAACCAGCUUCCAGAUUGUCUCCUUAAAUAAUGAUCAGCUCCUUAAAGGAGAUUUCAGACUGCAGCCCAUUUAUACCCCAAACGGGGGCAUUAACUACACAGACUGCCACAUCCCCAACAACAUGCGAUACUGCAACAGCAAUGUCUCAGACCUGGAGCACUGUCAUACGUGAUAGUGAGGGGAGAUGGGGGCGUCUAAGACAAAGAGAAAAAACUCUGGAAAAAAUACCCCCCCCCAACAACAAUGAAAAAAUUACAUUUGAUAAAUGUUACACAGAUGCAUUUAUGCAUUUGAAUACUCUGUAAUUUAUACGGUGUACUAUAUAAUGGGAUUUAAAAAAAGUGCUAUCUUUUCUAUUUCAAGUUAAUUGCAAAUGGUUUUGUAACUCUUUGCUUUUUAAAUCUUUAAAAAAUAUUGCUAAGUACUGUACAGGGUUGUACAAUAAGAACCCAAUGUCAUGGCAAAGGAAAGAAUAACUCAUUCUUCAAACAUUAACCACUUUGCUGUCGAAGCUGUCUGAGGGAUGUUAAGUUUCUAGGUGUCCUGUAGUACCGGAAAAUAAGUGCAUAUUAAAACAGGGUCACUUAGGAAUGGACAAAAGCAAUUCAGAUAAAAUGGGUACAACCCUUCUGACUUGAACCCGGCAGCAGUUGUUGAGCUUCAAACAAUUGGAAAUACUUCCAUUCCCCUUUGUCAGUUCUGCAUUUCCUACCUCCAACCGAAAGCUGGAGUUCUGAGUGCUACCAAAAAGGCUACUUUCUUGUUUGAUUAGUUUUCUCCCAAUAUACUUGGAAUAGGAAAGGUAGACAGAGCUCAGUGUCAAACUCAAAGUGACCUUGAUUCCUAUUUGCAAAAGCUACUCUGAAAAUGUCCCCCAAUACUGUAUACUUUUAUGAUAGAAACUGUUCCUGCUUUUCAUUAUGAUUAAGAAGCUUUAGGCAUUCUCUGACCCUGCUCAGUGGGUGAUGAAGGUUAUCAGUAUGUAACAGAUAUCUGUCAUUAAGUUGCACCUCUCUUUAAUAGAGCAGCAUUUGUUGACACAGCAUGUUCAGGUAAAGCCUGAAUGAGGGAAAUUCUGAGUGCUCCCAGCUCUGCAGUAUUCAUGUAGAAUUUGGAAUCUAAAAGUGUAAAUUGCUGAAAACAUGAUGCAAAAUAUGAUGCCAAUGGAAAGAUUGCUAUUGACUUCUAUGGUUCAAGCCCUAUUUGAUUUAGGGGUCUGAGUUAUGUUCAGUAUGGAGAAGUAGGAAAAAAAAGACAAACGGAGAAAACAAAUAAGAAAGAUCUUUUAAAAAUUUAUUUAUUAUUGGAAAGGCCUUCAGGCCUAUUAUGAACUGAAAUAUGUUCAGCAGGGAAAAUCAUGUAUUAAUCCUGGUAGGUUCCCCCCCCCCCCCCCCCCCCCCCCCCCCCCCAUUCAAGUAUACAGAGACAGACAUUAACUAAGCGUUUGAUUAACUGAGGAAUUUUGAGAACACAAGUACACACUGUCCCUCUGAAUUACUCUUCUUUUAUCUUAAGCUUUUGGAAGUUUUCCACAAUGAUCUGUGCUUUAUAAGCAGUAGGUGGGCUUAGAAUUUGCUUUUUUAUUCCCUCAAAUUCUUUAGCUGGAAUACCUUCUGAGUCCUUGAGCUUUACAGGCACUAUGCGAAACAUCAUGGUUGUAUUAAAACCAUGAUGCUGGUCUCAAAAUUAUACAAUGUUCCAGCCACUCCAUUGACUCUGUGACUGCCAAGAGCUCUGGAUUUCUUGCCAGUUCAGUGUUGGAAUCUAAUUGUUCCUUUCUUUCCAUUUGUUUGUUUUUUAAUGUGGCUCACUUUCUCCUGAGCUUGAGGACAAGCAAAAGUUCACAACAAAGAGAAAAAAAAGAGAGAGACAAAACUUUCCUGAGGGAGUAGGGAACCAAAGAGAAAACUUUUUACAGUGACCCACUAGGGACAAGGAGAAGUUGUUAGAAGUGGAUUGGAAGUAAAGGCUGAAGCACUUUCACUGUGGAAUGCUUAGACUUUUCACUUUCUGAGGCUGCUUAUGUUGGGAGAGAGGGUUUUAAUCCUUUCCUUUGCUUAUUUCACUCAAGUAAUUCUUGAAACCCAGCAGUCUAUGAUUGUGCAGUUUCUGAAGUUCAAAUCACGUGAUAACACUCAUUUUCUGCAAUGGCAAAAUCAAUCCGGUUAUGAUUGAUGGCAAAGUACAAUCAUUGUAUAAGGAACUGCAUCCUCCCCCCAACAUCUUUUAUAAUCACAUUUUGAAAUUCCACCCUAUAUUCUGUAUAUUUGCUAUUUUCUCCAGCUAUAACAGGUAUUUUAGGCAACCUGUGUGGCUACUGUAAUAGUAAAGUCACUGAAAUUUUGCUGAAUAAAAGGCUGCCGUAUGAUUUCAAAUGGUGUAAUACUAGGUAGAAACGUCUAUGCAAAGUGUUUUUUUCUGUGAUCUAUUUACUGAAGAUUAUGAUGAGAAGGUUGAUACUUUUGUUCUGUUUGUUUAAUAUGUUUUAGGUGCCAAAGCCCACAAGACAAGCAGCAAAUAGUUGUGCUUCUGCACGCUUCCAUUGCAUGCUGGAGUUUGUUUGAAAUUAAGUAGAGCCAGAGAUUCCCAUUGGGUGUCAAUGUAGUAUUUAAUUUCACUGAAAUAACUAGCUGUACGUUUGAUUUCAAAAGGCAUCCUUUGAAAGUACGCACUUACUAGAAUUUCAUACUUUAAUGACUGAUGCUGGAGGUAUCUUUGUCCUCCUUGAUGAACAUCUUCUGUUCUAGGCCUCAGGAUACCAUAGUUUCAAGAGGAGCUAGGCGCCUUAUUUGUAGCAAAUGACUUAUUCAGGGAGUUCAGCCGUACUGCAGGUGAAUGAUCCACAAGCCCAAACUGAUGACAACAGAUGUGGUUACUGUCCUAAUAGGGUGAAAACACAAGGCAUUCACAAACUGUUUGUUUUGAUCUCGGAUGAUGAAAUGUAUAUAUAUCUAUCUGUGAACUAUCACUCACCUAGAUCAAAAAUCAAAAUUAUAUUAAAGAUAGCAUAGUUUAUGCUUCUUUUCAAUAUGAAGAAGAAUAUAUAUAUUGGUAUGGGAUACUGACAAAGUUUCUUUUCUAUAAAUACUCUUCUGAAAAAAAGUAGCAAGCCAGUUACACCAAAAUGUGUGGAUAAAGCUGGGAGUAUUAUCUAAAAAAAUUCACAGUUGUAGUCAACUGAAAGGUCAUAUGUUUCAUUUGAAGAAAGUUUCUCCUAAUUCUAUUUGCUGUUCAGCUGCAAAAGAGUUAAUGUAUUUCAACCUACAACAGAGUUUGGGACUUUUCAAAGUGCCAGUCACACAAACAGCUGAGACUUCAUUUCAAGUCACAUCUAGAUAAGUACAUAACGGGCAAUUUUCACUAGGUAAAGUAUUUGGAAAAAGUCAGGAGGUAAAAUGGACAAUGGUCUUUUGAUGAUGUAAAGUUUAAGAUUAGUAGCUUUUUCGCUGGGCUUUGUAAAAAUGGGGUCAUCUUCACUUAGUGCAAAUAUUAAACCACAGAUACUAACUAAAGGCUAUAGAGCAGACAUCCUAAAUGUGUGCAUAUACAACUCAUACAAAAAGUUCACUUCCAGGUCCUGAUUUGAACACCUUCAUCGGACCUGGGGGCAAAUGACUUGUUGACAGACAAAAUCUCACCCAUCUUCGAUUGUAUACUGCUAAUAGCUGACAUAAAUUUACAGAAAAGAUUAAUGAGUGGAAUAAAAUAAGUCUUUAAGCGAAAUUAUGUUAAAGCAGUAUCACAACACUGCUGUGACCAGUGCUUGGGUUCCUUCUGAAGACUUAUUUACAAACCGGUCCUCGUUUUCACAGAUUCUGUCACUAUAACAAGUGUUCCUUGCAUGUAGCUUGCCAGCAGAAACAAACACCCGAUGAAUGCAUGGACUUUGUGUUAACAGGUUCUUAUUGGAGACAUUAUUAUUGAAUUUAUUCAUAUGAAUAUUUAGGGAUUGGGUUACUUUGGACUGAAAGAUAUUAGCAGUUUUCCCGGUAAGCCAAUAAAGGACUACCAUGAAUGUCAUGUAAAACAGAAAAAUUAAGUAGCAUAUGCUAUUUGUUACUAGAGUAGUUCAACUAUAUUUUUCUCUCAAUUAUUUUCUCUUUUCAUGAGAGAAAAUUUCUCCCUCUGAGAAAUGUAUUGAUUUUAAUUUUGCAAGCAAAAGAAAUUUAUGCAUAUCGUAUUGUUGUUAUGGUUUUAAGGUCUACAUAAGGCACUUUAUUAAUGACAUUGAAGUGAAAGUUCAGUCUCAGCUUUUGACAGUGAAGUGGUUAAUUCCCAUUGAAUUCUCCAUUUAUAGUACUUCUUCACCUUAAAUUUAACAUGAAGAUAUUAAAGUUUUUUCUUUAGAACAUGUGAAUAAUGGUUUUACUCAUGACUUAUCUUUCCAGCUCAGUGGAAAAACAAAACAGAAAUGAGUGCCAAAACCAAAAGUUCCUGGCUCUGAGCCUCAUCAGAUCCUGCCUGAUGCUGUCUUCUAAACACAGAGAUAAUCCUAGGAAGCUGAUGAUCACUCCUUCCCUGAACUCUAGUGAACAGGGCACUUUGUAUCCCAGAUGAUACUACAGGCAAUAUUGAAGCAUUUGGCAUUAAACUUUUGUACAGCAGAGAAUGUCUUGCUCUUUAAAAGGACGCUGGCUAGUAGUCCAUCUGGAAAACUAGUACAAAAGAGAUUUGGCAAGCUUUUGUUAUGCUGGGGCUCUGCGGAAAUGUGCCUCAUGAGAGCUGAAUUCUGAUCUUCUCAGAAACAGAUAAGCUACUAAACAAAUUGUUCUCUCUUGAUCCUAAAUAUCUGAAGAUGAUCUUUCAUAAAAUUGAUUUUAACUGAGACAUGCACACUUGAUUCUGUUCUGUGUUUGGUAUACUUUCUAUCUUUAACAUGGAAAAAUAGAUGGUUUGAAGUCUGCAUUAUCUGUUUUCUGCAAUCUGCCAUGUUGCACGCAUUGUUAACUUCAAAACCUCACUAUACACUAUAUAUUAUCUUGUUGACAUAUUCAGUAAAGAGUUAUUUAAAAAAAUACAACAAUCCUGCUGUAUUUAUAUGAGCAAGUUAAUUAAAAUAAGGAUGUGAAUAUCUGAAAGGAAAAACAGAAAAACAAAAAUAUCAGUCUUUUGUACUUUCAUUCCUGGAAAUAUUUUCAAAUGUUCUAUUGUAUGUCCACCUUCUCUUCAGAUUCUAAAAGAGAAAUAUUUUACUGUUACUUCAAUUUCUCAGAUUUAGUCUUACCUUUAUAAGAUUAUCUCAUUCUGAUAUGCAUAUAGGAAAGCACUGUAAAACAAGAAUCGGUUGUAUUCCAGCGUUUGCAAUUAAUAGGUACACUCAAGCAGCUACACAUGUCUAUAACAUAUAUAUGUAUGUAGAAGCUGUGACCCAUUAUAUGCAUAGUCAUAUGAUAAAUGCAUUUAACAUUCAUCCUUGACAAUCUUAAACCUGCCUUUUACCUAUUAUUAUCUAUUAUUUAAUCUGUUUCCUUGCAAUGAAAUGUGGGGGUUUUUUUCAAAUUCUUUCUUCAAAAUUGUUCUUGAAUUUUCAGAAUGCACAACAUUCAGACAUAGGCCUUAAUAAAUUUUUGUAUAUCUUAUACCUAACAUACAUGGUAAUAUAUACAUUAUAUAUAAAGACAUGCUUUAGCUACUUAGAAAUGAAAAUUACCCUUUGUUGCAGUUUAACCCCAGCCAGCAAUUAAGCACCACACAGCCACUUGCUCACUUCCCCCCACCCAGUGGCAUGGGGGAGAGAAUCAGGAAAAAAAAGUAAAACUAGUGCGUUGAGAUAAAGACAGUUUAAUAGGACAGAAAAGAAGAAAAUAAUAAUAAUAACAACAAUAAUAAUGACAAUAAUAGUAAUUAAAGAAUUGGAAUAUACAAAACAAGUGAUGUACAAUGCAAUUGCUCACCACUCACUGGCCGAUGCCCAGUUAAUUCCUGAGCAGCGACCUGCACCCCCCCAGCCAACUCCCCCCAGUUUAUAUACUGGGCAUGAUGUCACAUGGUAUGGAACACCCCUUUGGCCAGUUUGGGUCAGCUGCCCUGGCUGUGUCCCCUCCCAACUUCUUGUGCCCCUCCAGCCUUCUUGCUGGCUGGGCAUGAGAAGCUGAAAAAUCCUUGACUUAGUCUAAACACUACUUAGCAACAACUGAAAACAUCAGUCUGUUAUCCACAUUCUUCUCAUACAGAAUCCAAACCACAACACUAUACCAGCUACUAGAAGGAAAAUUAACACUAUCCUAGCCGAAACCAGGACACUUCUAGUUACAUAUACAAGAACUAAUUUUUGGCUUUGUCAGAACCUGAAAUAUUGAAUGUUACAAGCUCUGUCACUUCAAAGCUUAGAAAUGUAAUAUUGCUAAGUGUCACAAUUCUUCUAUAAAUUACCUUAUUCUCUGUCUUAACCCUGUUUAUCAAGUAAAGCUGCUGAGAGCUGCUUGUGCAAUACAUCCACAUCUAGGCCCCCCUCUUAAUAUGCUUUCCUGAACUUGACAUUUCUUCUGAGCCAGAUUAGACCAGAUUAGGUUCUGGUAACGAAACCUUCUUGCCUUACCAUAGGAAGGUGGACAACAGAGGUAAAGUAAAUGAUAAACGCUUGCAAUCAUUUAUGUAUUUCUGGCAAAAAUAAUGGCAUCAUCAUUUUCAAUCGAUAAUUUUGUUUUCUCUCAAAAAAAAAGUUGUCAAACACUGACUACUUUAUCAGAUAAUCUUUUAAUAACCCAAAAUUAUUUAUCUUACUAGAGAUCAGUCUUUAUAUUUACUUUUUACAGUUCUAAGCUCAGUUAUCUGGAGCUGUUCACACACAAGUGCAUGUGUGUAUAAAUUCUUGGUGUUGUGUAUAGAGGGUUUAGCUACAAGGAACUCCCAAAGCAAGCACAUGGAGGAGUCUUUUUCAUUAUUGUCCAGUCAACAUUUUUCAAUAUUUCACUUUAAAAAGAGUUCUUCUGUCUGAGAAGUGUUAUGGUGCCACAUGGAGAAACUAUGUUUCAUUAAAGUAUGAAACAAAUGUUUUCACUCUACUUCAAGUGCCACUGUCAGUGAAGGCUCAAACUAAAAAUCACUAAAACACUUCUAUUACACAGGUAGGGAUUUGGUGAAUUUUUAACAAUAAUUUACAUUCCUAAAACAAAUUAGUACAUUCUUAUGGUAAAAUCCUGACCCCACUGAUUUCAACUAUAAAUCAGAAUAUUUACAGGAAUAAUAUAUAUGUCGGAAGAAUUAUUAAAAACAUCCAGUAUGACACAAGGUAUAAUAAGUCACACUAUGUACCCCCAAAUGAAACACAUCAAUGAGUAAGGCAAUAGGCCUACGUAUCUCUUUUGAAAAGCUAGAAGAGCAGUGAAAUAGACUUUCCAGAAAAUGAGGGGAGAGAGAAAUAUGUACUGAGAAACAUUGUCUAAUGUAAAGCCGCACAAGAUAUGGACAUUUAAAGCCACAAACAGGCCACUGAGCAUAGCAAGAACGUUCUUUUACACAUAAACACACACAUUUUCUGCUUACAACUCCGUAUCCUGACUAACAUAUGUGACUACAAAAAUGCAUGUAUGAACAUUAAGAGUUUAUAGCAUAGUUACACUUUGGUGAGGACAUCUCAUACGAAAUAAGAAGAAUCUUAACUCUCUGCACUGGGUCUACUAUUUGCCUUCCUCUGUGUAGAAAGGAUUCAUAUACAGAAGGAAGUAACAAAAGUCAUGCUGAUUACACUAUCCUGUUUUUCUAAGUGUAGAAUGCCUUGAAGAAUGAAGACAGUGUAUAAACUAUUAUGGAAAAUCCAACUUAAAUUCACGUGUGUUUACAACUUUAACAUGCUCUGUGCAAAAGCGAGAAGUCUCUGUGACAAAUACUAGUCAGAGUGCUAAGCUGAACACAACCAUUCUUGAAAAGAACAAUUGCCAAAAAGAUUCUGUUAAAAUGGUGUAUUUCUUGAGUGAAAUCAAUAUUUCCACUCCUAUAGACUUUGAGCAGGUGAUCACACAGAUAAAUUAAAUUCUUUGUGACGGGGAUUGGAACAAUGUGUCUAAAGAUGGAAUGCUGUAAUUUUCAUACUUUGAACUGCCUGUUUGUGAUGAAAAAAGGCAGAUUUUGUUCUGUGAAGAUGAAAUAUAGUAAUAAUGAUGGACAGAAUAUAGAGAUACUCUUUACUGGCAUUUUAUGGACAUUAAAAAGGACACACAUAUGCUUUAUACUUAUACAGUUGUGACAUAAUUUUAAAUAUCCUUGACAAUUUUCAGACUCUUCAGAUGAGAUGCACUUCUAACACAUGUACAAUAUUCCAAAGCAUUUAAAUUCUCAGAAAUGACUGCAAUCCCUUUCAAUUAAUAGAAACAAGAAAAUGUAAUAAAAUGAGUAUAUACAGAAAGUGCAUAGUACUUUCUCCAAGCUUUAGCUGUGGUAGAAAGAAAGAGAAAGAAAGAAAGAAAGAAAGAAAGAAAAAGAAAAGACGAGGACUGUUAAACUAGAAUAGCUUUGUAUUUUUAUUUAGAUAAGUCCUUCCAAAUUUGUAACACACUCACUUGAAUGCCAAGCUUUGGUUUGACUUGAAAGUCAAAUGAUUUAAGUCACAGUGUUGUAAGCAUGACCUCAUAUACCUUCACAAACUGGUUUGUGCAUUCACGGUUCAGGAACCAAUACGUAAUUCAUUGCUCUCUGACUUACAAUGCAAACGUUAAGGAUUUUUCCCCAUUAAAGAAACAUGUUAAGAAAA